AUGGCAGAGCAGCGCGCUGCCACGAAGUCUCCCGUGGGAUCACCUCCCAAGUCACCUGAGGCUGCGACGCCGGGUGCCGCAUCACCCGGUCCCGAUCAAGCCCCCGAUCAAGCUCCCGAGGCGACGAUUGAGGCAAACGAUGCGCCGGCUGAUGAGGGAGAUGGAUAUUCCACAGCUUCUGACACCAGCUCUAAUGCCACGGCUUCGUUAUCGUCUUCUGUUCGGGACUUCAAUUUUGAGAACAAGCGACGCUACCACAAAUACAAGGAAGGGCGAUAUGCCUUUCCUAACGAUGACGCGGAACAAGAGCGAGAAGAUAUGAAGCACAGCAUGGUAGUAACACUAUGCGGGGGAGCAUUGCAUAGCGCACCCCUCCAGAACCCGCAGAAGAUCCUGGAUAUCGGUACCGGAACUGGGAUCUGGGCUAUUGACAUGGGUGAUGAAUACCCUGAAGCUCAAGUCACGGGUAUUGAUUUGAGCCCAAUCCAACCUGCAUACGUACCGCCGAACGUUGCAUUUAUCGUAGACGAUGCCGAGUCGGAAUGGCUCUACGCAGAUGACUCAAUUGAUUACAUUCAUGUUCGAAACAUGGGCGCGGCGAUCAAAAAUUGGGAAAAGCUGUUGGCGCAGGCGUAUAGGGUGCUUAAACCGGGUGGGUGGAUCGAACUGCAAGAGAUGAAGUGGAACUUCAACUGCGACGAUGGCACGAUGGGACCCGAUUACGCACUCACUAAGAUGAUGAAGUUGGUCUGGGAAGGCCUCGGAAAGUUUGGAAUCGAGGCUGAUGUAGCUGAUACUAAUCCUCAGCGCUUGAAGGAUGCUGGAUUCGUUCAUCAAGUCCACGAUGCCGUGAAAGUGCCAGUGGGAGAGUGGCCCAAGAGAAAGGAUCUGAGCAAGAUUGGAGCCUACUGCAAAGCUGUUCUCUAUGAUGGCAUCCAUGCAGUCACGAUCGGUCCCUUGACUAGAGGUCUGGGGUGGACUUCUGAUGAAGUUGAGGUGUUCUUGGUUGACGUGCGCAAGGACUUGCUGAACAACUCGAUUCACUCUUACGUGUACUAUCAUUCGCUUGCGGGCCAAAAGCCAAAAGAGGAGAAAGCAUGA